AUGGCUCAUUCGGUAAGUUUGUGUAUUUGUUUUGAAUAUAUGUUUACGAUAGUUUCAGAGUCAUAGGCUGGAUAAAAUUUGUUUUUGAAUAUAUGUUUACAAUAGUUUUAGAUUAAUAUGUUUAUGAUAUUUCUAGAUUAAUAUGUUGGAUCUUAUCAAAGCUUGUGAAGCUGAAAGUGAACUCGACUUUCUCCAAGAGUCGUUUGUGCUUACUGAUGAGCAGAAAGAAGCUAUUCUUCAACAGCGCAUUAUAUUUUGGACGAACGCGAUGGCCGAAGAUAUUGAACGAGAGAAUCCGGUUGGAGUUGACCCUGAUAUGAUGGCAAACUGGACCGAGGAUCAACGUCGCCUGUUCAACGAAGACUGGGCCAAUGAUGAUGGUUUAUGCGAACUCGAACAGAUGCCAGAACCGCCACAAAACCAAAUAGGUGAAGGGAGCAAGCGAAGGCACGCCAGUGAUCACGCCCCCUCAAAACGCCAAAGACCAGAGGAGUAUUUCACUAUUAAAUCAGCCAAGCAAGUCAACGUGAGGAAAUUCAGGACGACAG